AUGACAGUGGCUACACCCGCUGUGACGCAAGUCCAUGAAAAUGGCCUGAACGGACAUGUCCCACAUCAACAUCACCACCACCACCAUCAUCCGCACCAAACCAAUGUGAACCUGCCUCGGUUUCACCCAAUCGCCAUGAACCCGAGCCAGCCAGUCCAUCCCGAGCACAUGGCCGUGCCAAAUCACCCUCACUUUCGCCCAUUUCCGCCGCCGCCGCCAAUGCAUGAACCCGGGCCGCCUCCCCCGGGGGCUCAUCCCGCCCAUAUAGAUCAUAUCGAAGCUCGACUGAGGCAGUUGGAGCAUGAGGAAGCCGCUCGCAUGGCGGCUCGUAGUCAACUACUCGCAAUCCGCAAGCGGGAAGACGAAGAAUUCCGUAGGAUGACCGAGAACGCUGAAGCGGAAGAAGAGGAACUACGUAGACAGCGGAAACGCCUGAAGCGCGAGUCCAUGGGUCUGGGGUUCAAUGCCACGGUCGACUCGCCUCCCCUACGUCCCACGCCGCCUCGCCGGCUAUCAGAAACAAACGCAGCCACCACUCUGGCCUUCUUCAAGCAACAAAGCCCGCCAGAGCCACGACCGAUUCCCGUGCAGGCGCCGCCGCACCACCCGCCGCCGCCUCCGCAGCAUCUGCACGACUCGACGGGGGCCACCAUCCGCCGCAAGCAGAAAUACACGAUCAAAAACGUCGAAGCAUGGGGCGAGCGCCACGGCCGUCCCGCGGCGCACGACCCGUCCGGCCGCGCGCUGUGGAAGCGGCCCUCUGACGGCAGCCUGGUGUACCUCACCUGCCCGGUGUCGGGCUGCGGCAAGGCCGACUUUGUCACGCUGCACGGCUUCAUGUGCCAUCUGACCAAGAAGCACAAGGACCGCAGCCUGGGCAGCCAGUCGCGCGCGCUGGAAGUCUGCGGCAUCGUCUACGACCCCAACGCGCCGUUGCCGCCCGUGGCCGCCGUGCCCCGCGCCUCCACCGAGGAGAGCCGCCUCGAGUCGCCGCACCCGGACGGCUAUCCGCAGGAGAUGGACACGUCUUCGGUGUCGGACGAGGAGCAGCGCGAGCACACCGUCAAGACCGAGUCCACCGAGAGAUCAUUGCCGGCGCACGCGGCGCCCUUCCCGCCCCCCGACGAGCCCGUCAAAGCACCCCGUCUCAACGGCUCCACGAAACAGACCAUCUCGUCCAUCAUCGACCGCGAGCCGGACGAUGAGCCGCGUGAGCGGCCCGCCUCCAUCCCCCCCGUCCAGCCCGAGACGGCCGUCCUGCCUUCCCCGGAGCAGAAGUCGGUCGUUCGGGAGGAGGAGCCCAAGUCGGCGGAUAGCGAAAAGGAAAAUACGGAGCCGAAAGACGUGUCGGAAACAAAGUGA